AGCUCUGCUUAGUUUGAGUUUUUUUAAAAACAUAUAAACAAAAUCCGUAGUCUUUUUGAGAGACAAAUUCAACGCUAUCGAUACAGGAUCUCUCGGCAGGGCAAUUGCUAACCACCUCCCCCCCCACCCCACCCCACUUUUCAGGUUUGGCACUGGAAAUGGGUGGGCAGUGGGCAUGUCCCUCUGACCAAUUCGUCGCGGCUGAGAGAUUUGCUCUCCGCCCAGUAUAAAGCUGAACAGAAAGCGAGCGAGAGAGAGAGAGACCUGUGCCUCCUUAAAGAUGGCAUUUGUUUGUUUUGUGCUGCGCUCCCUUAUGGAGAUCCUGGUUCUUCCAGUCACCAUUUUGCAAUACAUCGGUUUCUGGGACCCUUUGUACAAGAGGAUGUUUCCGUACCUCAUGCGCAGAAUGACAACUGUUAUUAACGAGAAAAUGGAUAAAGUGAAGAAGGAGCUCUUCGGCCGGCUGCCGGACUUCGCCAGCUCCUCGGGGCUGACAAUCUUGGAAGUGGGCUGUGGCACUGGUGCCAACUUUCAGUAUUACCCCUGGAAUUGCAAGGUCAUCUGCACGGACCCGAACCCGAAUUUCGAGCACCUGCUGAAGAGCAGUGGCGCCAAGAACACGCACCUGAAGCUCGAGCGGUUCGUGGUAGCGAGCGGCGAAGAUCUGAGCCAAGUGGAGAGCAGCUCGGUAGAUGCCGUGGUCUGCACUUUCGUGCUCUGCAACGCCCGGAAUGUGGACGCGAUGCUGAAAGAGACUAAACGGGUGCUGAAACCGGGCGGGGCAUUUUUCUUCAUUGAGCAUGUGGCUGCUGACAAAGGAACAUGGCUGCACUUCAUUCAACAUGUGAUCCAGCCAGCAUGGCGUUACUUUGGGGAUGGAUGCUGUCUGACCAGGGACACUUGGGCAAACCUCGAGAAAGCCAACUUCUCAGAAUUGAAUCUGAAGCACAUCGUGGCACCUUUGAUGAGUUUGAUCAAAUACCAAAUUGUUGGAUAUGCAGUCAAAUGAGAAGCUGGACCAUGGGAACACCAGACCUUAUAUCUACUUGUCUACUGUGAACUGUUCAUUCUAAUUACAAGUAUCGUUGCUAUAAUCCUUUGUCAAUUAAUUUUAAUCACCAGUCACUAUGAUGAGUGCUUCUAAAUGUGCCUUUUUAAUCCACUGUAUCACAUGUAGUACUUUUAUCCACAAUGAUAAUCAAGCAAAAUUCCAGAUUAUACAUCCAUCUCCAGGAUCAGUUUUUAUAUUUCAUAUUUCAAUCAAUACUUUUCUCUGUACCCUCCCAACCCACUCUGAGUCAGAAUGUACAAACUUUUUUUUAAAAAAAGUCAAUUCUCUAAUCUCAAAUGAGGUGCUGCUUACCCAAUGUUACAUUGUGAGUUGAAUAUAUUAAGCAAGACCUAUUUGAGCGAUGAUAUUUUUAAUGUAAAGUAUUUCCAAUCCUUUUACUUUCACCAUGAAUUGCUAUUCUGAUUUUACAAAUACAAAUAUUAACAUUUAACUCGACAGUAAAGAAUUUCACAGACUCACUCCCCUCUGAGAGAAGGAAUUCCUCUUCAUCUGUCUUAAAUGUUCUUUCAUGAAUCACUGGAGUCAGGGAGCGUCACAGGGAGGACUGGAAAAUGGCUAAUGCAAUACCCCAGCCUAAGAACGGAGGGAAGCAGAAGACAGGAAACUAUUGUAUCAGAGAUAAUGGGAACUGCAGAUGCUGGAGAAUCCACGAUAACAAAGUGUGGAGCUGGAUGAACACAGCAGGCCA